AAUCAGGGCAUUGCUGCUUGAAAUUCGUGUCUGUCAUUUUGCUUUUGCUUUGAUAUCCAAACCACCAUUGAUCAAAUCGGGCGCGACCUGCGACGAGGCCAUGGAACCUGUCGGUCUUACCGUCGGCGUCGUAGGCCUGGCGGGUCUGUUUUCUUCUUGCCUUGAGUGCUUCGAGCUUAUCCAGCGCGGUCGAUAUUUCGGCGCCGACUUCCUUCUUCUCGAGACAAAGUACAGCAACCAGCGCCUGCGACUGUGGACGUGGGGGCGAGCAUGUGGUCUUGUUGAAGGCGACGACCCCGGAGAUCAUGGGUGCCCGACCUGGAGUCACGAAGUGGUUUCAGCCGUGGAAGAGACAUUGGGCCACAUUGCCAGCUUGUUCCAAAAUCAUAGCAAGCUCUCUCAACGGUACGGAUUAAGGGCUGUGGACGCCACUCCCACGGGCAAGGCUCUGUCACCGAGCGCGCUCAUUAGGGGUCUCGUGCCAAGGCUGAGGGCAACAAACCUGGCCAGAUUGACGCAACCCCAGCCCACGUCAGAGGCGGACAAGUCGCCGGGGCUUCCUGCAACAGCUCGAUGGGCAAUUGAGGGUAAGAGCAGGUUCAGCGACCUUGUUCAACAUCUGAAAGACUUUAUCGACGACCUUGAAUCCCUGACCGCACGAUCAGAUAUGGAUGUGCGCAAGCGCCAGAGGAGAUACAUCCAGGAUGAGGUUGAAUCUAUUAUCGAGCCUGCAGACCUUGAGAUGAUCGAAAGGGCCAGGAUGGUAGGGCGGGAUGCUGUUGCCGAUGCCGCUAGUACCCGACUCUAUCGGAUCCAGGAGAACGCGCAAUCCGAGUCUGCACGAGGGCGGCUUCACGAAGAGGGAUGGGUCGAUGUUCAACAGCCCAUUCUGAACACGUCCGAAGAUUCCAUGGCGAAGUAUCAUCAGACCUUUCACAGGGUCACUUGCGAUCUGUGCCCUGCCCGAGUGUUCCUGGACGUGCCCAGUUAUGCCCUAAGCAGCAAACAUGACGAUCAGUGGAUGGUUCUCCGGGACAACGGCUCUUUGCAGGUACCGAAAUCUCUUCAUCUUUCCGGGAAACAGCCGAUCAACGAUCUCGAGUCGUUCCUGAAUAUCGACUCUCCACUUUGGUGGGUUGAGAUCAGAGAAUACGCCUGCUCACACGACCUCCACCAUUUCCGGCGUGUGUCGGCUCAGAAGACGGUGAUCAGGCUCCUGUCACCAGCCCUGGCCACGAAGCUGAAUGAAAGAGUUGAUCGCCCUUUCGAUGAUGCAUGGAUUACUUUCACAUCCGGAAUGGAGCUAUCACCUCCUCAUGCGUGGUACUAUCUUCACCGUACACUUUUCAAAGGUCCGCGUCCUCUUCCGUUCAGCACCACGACGGGGCAAAAAGAACUUUUCGAGGAAGAUGAGGCAGUGGAACGCGACUUUCUGGAUCACAUUGAGAGCUCCAUGGCCGACGAAUACAAGCAGCUUGAUGGUGCGCUGCGACAGAAAAUUUCCAUCAAGUGGGAGCAUUUGCCACUCAUCUUCAGACCUGAUUGUAUCGUGGUGGAGCGGUGUCUAGAUGACGACGACUAUCGUGCUUUCAAACAAGUUGACAUGCCUCGCCUUGUCUGCGAUGCAGAUGGUAGCCAGCAUCUUGAGAUCACGGGCAAAAGACCUAGUGACAACCACUUUUCCGAGGAGACAAGUGUACUUCAUAUUCCACGCCCUGCCGCUGUCACUGAAAAGACACAAGAACUUUACUUUAGCAACUUGCCGAUACUGCCUUUGAACCUUCAGAACGGCUGCGACCUCGGUUAUCUAUCUAACCGUGGUCGGAAGCUUCAGCGCCUUUUCCGCAGCCAAGUCGUGGAGUAUCAAGAGGAUGAGCUUGAUGAUACGCACAAAGGGGUGUAUUUUUUGGACCCCCAAAUGUACAAAAGCGACAGUCAAGCCGGUCACAGGGCAUCAACUGUCAAGUCGCGCAAGGAGACUCUCAUUUCCUAUGGCCACCCUUAUUUCGAUGCCUAUGACGAGGAGAACUACUAUCACGAGGAGGACGACUAUCACGAGGAGGACGACUAUGACGACUACGAAGAAUAUUACGAUGAACAUCCACAAGACUAUGCAUGCUGGCCACAUGUGACAUAUGGCUAUCACCUCACUGAGCACGUUUGGAAAAGGUUGCUAGUCCGCAACAUGAAAGAGCUGGCACCAUAUCCGCAGGAGGUAUGCGAUCGAGUGCUCGGCGAUGUCCCGCGCACACAACUCACGGACCUAUUCAACCGCCGCCAGGAUGCCCCUGGAAAUGAAAAGAGCGCGGGUGGUCCACCGCGGGACAAAACCAUCGUUGCUUUUGGCUCGCCGGGGAGAGCAGACGCUGCCCGCAUUAUCUCUAGGAUGGUGAACAGACCGCUUUACCACUUUGGGCUACUGAGCUACAGCAAGCAGGAUCUGAGGCCUGCACUUCAGAGUCUGAAGAGGCUUGCUACACGGUGGAGUUGUAUCGUUCAUUUUCAGGAAAUUGGCCCAAUGCUGCAGUAUUUGCCGUCACCGGACAUGGCCUGGGUUUAUCCAUCUUUCAUCGACUUUCUCGACUCGUUUGAGGGACCAAUUAUUCUAUCCUUCGAUAACAUCCCAGAUGGCAAGGUCAAUCCGGACAUGGAAAUUCGAAUCCGGCGAUGGUUUCGUUUUCAAACGACAAUGUUGAAGGCCCGGAUGCUGAUGACGGAACAGAGCUCGGUAUCUGAAGACAAAGAAGACGGGUGUGAUGCUCCCGUUCGACACAAUGAAUGAUGAUGAUCAAUAUGAAAAGAGGCCCCAUGCUUGGAGAUGGCCAUGAUGUUGCACAUUUCGGAGGGGAACCGUGGAUGCGACAGCCAAAGUCAGGAAUGGCUGGCAGUCCGGACCUCACAUGGUGGUUUCAUCUCCGCCUAUGCCUGCUGAGCGAGCUGCCCGAGAGAAAAAUUACAGCAUGCUUCUGGGUGAAAGAGUACACUCUGUAUGCUACUCGACCUCUAAAGAGGUUUCCUUGUUCAUUAUACAAUAUGGAAUACAUUUUUCACUGCGUAUCUACG